ACUCAAAUGAGAAAGAAGACCAAGAAGAAGAGGACAUCCUCCACAAGCAUCGGUGGCUCCAUUUUCUAGCUAGCGGUGAACUCUUCUCGUUUCACUGUUGUAUCGCUUGAGGGACACAUUUGUCUAUUUUCAUUGUUUGUUAGACUGAAUCAACAACACUGUCAAGAUGGGGGGUGGCGAUUUGGUAAGUUUCAGCUAACUUAUUCACAGCUUACGGUGUGUAUGUUGUUUAAAAAAUCACCUCUGAUCAACAUUAGCUGUUUACAACUGAAGUCACCAUACAGCUGUUCAACACAUAACUAGCUUUCGUUGAAACAACGCCAGACUCAGAUUUUGUUUAAAAUUGUGUAACUUCUCUUUAUUCAAACCAUUGAAGUCAACGAGUUUAAAGAUUAUUUUAGCGGGGGGAAAACUAACCUUGAAAGUCUUUAUUGUAUUUAUACUUGAAUACAAUAAGAUGAUAUGCCAAUAUUUUCUUGUUUCGAACAUGCCCCAGUCGUAGUUUUAUGUGGAUGUUGUUUUUAGAUGCUCUUUGAUCGACUGUAUUUUCAUUACCAAAUGGACAUCCAGCUCUUAUUGGGCUUUCUCUCAUAGAUCAUCCAACUGUGCACCUGUCUAUUACACAAUGUCCCAACUUUAUUGGAAUUGGGGUUGUAUUAUAAAAAUCUAUUAUCACACUAGGAACUAGUUCAAAGACCCACCUACCUUGAAAUCCCUUUAGGGGAUAAAUAAAGUUUUUCUUACAAACUAGAGUGAAGACGACAAAUACUUAAAGGAAUACUCCGGCGUAACUUUAAGUUGGGGUCAAACACACCAUAACACCGAGUUAGACACCCCCUUGAGAGAUGAAUGUUGCCGGCCGCUUGCUUCUUUAGUUAUACCAACUUUAGUAAUGACUGCAGGAUAGCAAUACACAGCCGUCUGAGGAGCCAUAAACAAACCUCAACCAAAAAGCCACUCUAUAGCCACAAAUAAAGCUCAGAACUGCAACUAACUUCAUCAACAGUACAUAUAGGGCCCCAGCCAUAGUACUAGCUACCAAACAUCUUUUUAGCUUUGCCUAAUUUUUUUUAGCAAAGAGACUAAACACAACUCACCCACUCUCUUCCAGCAGCCGCUUGUUAAAGAGGAAUGAUGUUCUGAGCAUUAUUUGUGGCUAUAGAGUGGCUUUUUGGUUGAGGUUUUUUUAUGGCUCCUCACACCGCUGUCUUUUGCUAUCCUGCGGUUACUAAAGUUGGUAUAACUAGAGAAAAAAGCAGUCAGCAACAUUCAUCUCUUGAGGGGGUGUCUUACUCAGUGUUAGUGCAUUGACCCUAAAUUAAUUUUACGCCAGAAUAUUCCUUUAACAACAAAGCUACAACUAAUAAUAAUAAUAUAGUACAGCAAAUAAAAGUCUUUGAUCUUGUCUUCUAACAGAAUUUGAAAAAGAGCUGGCAUCCCCAGACUAUGAAAAACAUCGAGCGGGUUUGGAAGGCUGAACAAAAGUAUGAGGCUGAACGCAAGAAGAUUGAGGAGCUCCAGAAGGAGCUUAAAGAGGAAAGAGCUCGAGAAGAAAUGACAAGAUAUGCAGAGGAAAGUGGUGCCAUCAAGUAAGUUCUUUGAUAAUAUCAGGAAGUUGUUCUGUUGGACAUUGGAAGAGACUACAGGUCAAGCUGAAUCUCCUAUGAUUUCAGAAAAAAGGAUGAUCGUCUAGACUGGAUGUACCAGGGUCCUGGCGGCCAGGUGUCCAGAGAUGAGUAUCUGCUGGGACGUGCUAUUGACAAGCAGAUCACCGACCAGUACGAGGAGCCUGAGAGCGGUCCAUCAGCUGAGACAGGCCUCCUGCCAGGGUCCAUCUUUAACCCUGCAACCGCUGCCUCCAGCCUCGAUCUGGCUGCAAAGAUUAGGGAAGACCCUCUGUUUGAAAUAAGGUCAGCAAAUCCCCUUUUUUUCCAAUAUAAUUUAGACAUUUUAAAAGUUGUGAAUGGAUUGAUUUACGUCAAGUUUCUUUUCUAAAGGAAACGAGAGGAAGAGAAGAAGAGAGAAGUCCUGACUAAUCCUGUGAAAAUGAAGAAAAUUAAAGAAAUGGUAAACUUGCUGCACAACUGUUCUGAUGUGUUUGUUUUUUAUGUACUUCUUUUUUUGUUUUUGUUUCCUGUGAAUUAAGAAUAUUUUGCUAUCAAUAUCCAACUCAGGCCUUUCUGACUUUGUAUUUGUAUUUUUCUUGUUACAACAGCACAACUAUGUUGGGGAGGGUUAAGGCUUUUUCAUGGAUGUUUAACCACCAAUUCUUUUGGUCUCUUCCAGCUGCGUCAAAAUCUUGAUAAGAAAGACAAGAAAAAGAAGAGGAAGAAGGACAAAAAGGAGAAGAAAGGAGACAAAGAGAAGAGAAAAGAGAAGAAACACAAGAGGAGGAGUUCAGGCUCAAGCUCAGAUGAAGAUGAGAAAAAACACAGGUACAUACAAAACCAAAGUGUGAAGAUACAGUUGAUAGAUUCUAAAUCUGUAAAUGAAUUUAGCUGGGGUCUGUAUGUGUAGUGUAAAGAUAUAGGGGUUUUCUAUGAUGGCAUUCACAGUUGUACCACUGUUUUGAUUCAGUCAAAGAGUUCUGCAUGGUAAACUGUCUAAAUGAACUUGUUUAGGUCACACUCGCGAGAUGAUUCUGCAGACACAAAAUCACGCUCACAUCAUCUCCCAGGCUAUGGCCUUCAGGUGAGUGAACGACAAACCGGUAUUUGAUAAUAUUGUUUCGUUUUCAUACUUGUCAAUAAAUAGUUCUUCUCUGAUCAGAACUCCUUUUAGUCUUAACAAUAAGGUCUUCCCUUUCAGCUCCCCACUGGUAGACAACAUCAGUCCUCAUCCCACAACAACCACUCAGGGCGUCGUGAGAGGAGCCGCUCCAGAUCACCUCACAGGAGCAGCAGGGAAAUUUACAGGGAAAAUCACUCCCACUCAUCAUUCUCACACAGAGACAAGAAGGUUGAGCCAAGAGCUUCGAGUCCACAGAAAGAUCGUUACCAGAGACAGAGACACCAUGUGUCAAAGUAAGAGUUUGCAGGGUUCAAGAAAUUGUUGACAUGACCUGGAAGUAAUAGAUGUAGUCAAAUAUCUGACAUUAUUGCACUUAAAACAGUAUUUAUUUAUGUUGCUUGCUUUUAUAAGUACAGUAUUGAUGUUUGAAUUCUGUGUGGGCAGCAGCCAAAGCCUUCCAUUUAUUAUUACAUUACAAUGAAACGGUUUCCCUCUGGCCUGUCUUGUUGCCACCCUUGUAUACAGUUCUUUCUUUUUACACCCAGCAGAAAGUCUGAUCAACAUUUCAGACGCUAACUGACUAGGAUGUUGUUAGAGUAAUCAUGACAUGGUUCUCAUUUUUGGUCAUUUUUAAGACAUUGUUAAGUCACCAUCCACACUAACUCUAGACAUGUUUAAUCUGUUGUCUGUAGGAAGCUCUCUACAGAAGAGCUGGAACGCAAAAGAAGGGAGAUGAUGGACCAGGCCAAGCAGAGGGAGGAGGACAGGGAGAACAAUGUGAAGAGAUACAAGAGGCAAGAUGAGCAGGAAAAACAGAGGGAACAAAAUGUUAAACGUGACCGCCAUGCUGGCUUCAUCCAGUAAGUUACCCACACAGAGCUGGGAUACAGGGCUCCACAUUUAUUCAUACUUUUUUUUAUUUAUUCAGACUCUUGUGAUCCUAACUCACCUCUCUUUCCUGCAGUGACAUGAAGCUGGAGAGUGCUGCCAGCUCUUCGCUAGAGGACAGAGUGAAAAGGAACAUCCACUCCAUCCAGAGGACGCCGGCCUCGCUGGACAACUUCAUGAAGAGAUGAAGACACAAUGUUUUUUAAUUGUACAGACAAACUUAAAUGAACUGUUGGUAAAGGCUCAGCCAGACUGUAUUUUAAUGCAAUGAGUAGUAAUUGUGGUGUUGGGAGACUGUAAUACCUCUUGGUUACCCCUAACGUUUAUCAUUUACAGCAGUUUCCAUGAUGAUAACUUAAAUUAUUUCAGAAAAAAAAGCCUUUUAAUGGCUGAUAUAGUAUAUAUUCACUUUUUUCUUUCUUUUUUUUUAUAGUAAGACUUGUUUUUACCUCAAACCCUUUUGUAAGAUAUUGUGUAUUUGAUACUUUGUAUAAACUUGUGAGUAGUAAUUGGAAAUAAAGCAUAUUUCCAGAGCUUUA